GCCGUGCGCGCGGGGCGCGUGACGCGUGCACCUGCUGGGCCGCGGCCCGGCUAAAAAGACGGCGCGGGAAGCCCCCCGGGGAGGGCCCGAGCCCGCCGGAGCCCGGGCCGCAGCGCCGCGGCCUUCCGGGAGGACGCGAUGAAGUGCCCAGGCGUUUGGGCAAUGCUCACCGUGACGAUGUGUGUGGCCUUUCUGGGCUGCCUGCAGGCCCAGGAGCUCCAGGGCCACGUCUCCGUGAUCCUGCUGGGAGCCACCGGGGACCUGGCCAAGAAGUACCUGUGGCAGGGGCUGUUCCAGCUGUUCCUGGAUGAAGCAGGAAAGGGCCACAGUUUCAGCUUCCAUGGAGCUGCUCUGACGGCCCCCAAGCAGGGCCAGGAGCUCAUGGCCAAGGCCCUGGAAUCCCUGUCCUGUCCCAAGGACAUGGCACCCAGCCGCUGUGCAGAACUCCGGGCCCAGUUCCUGCGGCUGAGCCGGUACCACCAGCUGAAGACGGCAGAGGACUAUCAGGCCCUGGGCAGGGACAUCGAGGUGCAGGUGCAGCAGGAGGGCCUCCGGGAGGCUGGCAGGAUGUUCUACUUCUCCGUGCCACCCUUUGCCUACGCAGACAUCGCCCGCAACAUCAACAGCAGCUGUCGGCCGGGCCCAGGUGCCUGGCUGCGCGUUGUCCUGGAGAAACCCUUUGGCCAUGACCACCUGUCAGCCCAGCAGUUGGCCACUGAACUUGGGAGCUUUUUCCAAGAGGAGGAGAUGUACCGGGUGGACCAUUACCUGGGCAAGCAGGCUGUGGCUCAGAUCCUGCCCUUCCGGGACCAGAACCGCCGGGCCUUGGACAGCCUCUGGAACCGGCACCACGUGGAGCGGGUGGAGAUCAUCAUGAAAGAGACAGUGGACGCGGAAGGCCGCACCAGCUUCUACGAGGAGUAUGGCGUCAUCCGCGACACCCUGCAAAACCACCUGACGGAGAUCCUCACGCUCGUGGCCAUGGAGCUGCCCGCCAACGUCAGCUGCUCGGAGGCCGUGCUGCGCCACAAGCUGCAGACCUUCCGGGCACUGCGCGGCCUGCAGAGGGGCAGCGCUGUGGUGGGCCAGUACCAGGCCUACAGCGAGCAAGUGCGCAGGGAGCUGGGGAAGCCGGGCAGCUCCCCCAGCCUGACGCCCACCUUCGCAGGCGUCCUCGCCCACGUCGACAACCUGCGCUGGGAGGGCGUCCCUUUCAUCCUGAUGUCCGGCAAGGCCCUGGACGAGAGAGUGGGCUACGUGCGAGUCCUGUUCAAGAACCGCGCGUUCUGUGCCCAGAGCGAGAAGCACUGGGCCCCGGCACAGAGCAGGUGCCUGCCCCGCCAGAUCAUCUUCUACAUCGGACACGGCGAGUUGGGCCACCCCGCUGUGCUAGUCAGCAGGAACCUGUUCAAGCCCUUCCUGCCCACCCAGAGCUGGAGGGAAGUGGAGGACAGGCCCGGGCUCCAGCUCUUUGGCCGGCCCCUGUCCGAUUUCUACGCCUUCAGCCCCGUGAAGGAGCGCGAUGCCUACUCCAUCCUCUUGUCGCACAUCUUCCAUGCCCGCAAGGAGUCCUUCGUCCCCACGGAGCACCUGCUGGCCUCCUGGGUGUUCUGGACGCCCUUGCUGGACAGCCUGGCCCGGGAGGUGCCGCGCCUCUACCCAGGGGGCGCCGACAGCGGCCGUCUGCUGGACUUCGAGUUCAGCGGUUCCCACUUGUCCUUUUCUCUGGAGCAGCCAGAGCAGCUGGUGCCGGGGCCCGGCUCCACCCCGCAGCCCAGUGACUUCCAGGUUCUCGGUGCCAAGUACCGGGAAAGCCCGCUGAUCUCCGCCUGGCCCGACGAGCUCAUCUCCAAGCUGGCCAGUGACAUCGAGGCCGCAGCCGUGCAGGCGGUGCGGCGCGUCGGCACCUUCCACCUGGCGCUCUCGGGCGGCUCCAGCCCCAUCGCCUUGUUCCAGCAGCUGGCCUCGGGCCACUACGGCUUCCCCUGGGCCCACACGCACCUGUGGCUGGUGGACGAGCGCUGUGUCCCGCUCUCAGAUCCCGAGUCCAACUUCCAGGGCCUGCAGGCGCACCUGCUGCAGCACGUCAGGGUCCCCUACUACAACAUCCACCCCAUGCCUGUGCACCUGCACCAGAGGCUCUGUGCCGAGGAGGACCAGGGUGCCCAGACCUAUGCCAGCGAGAUCUCGGCCCUGGUGACCAACUGCAGCUUCGACUUGGUGCUGCUGGGCAUGGGCACCGACGGGCACACGGCCUCUCUCUUUCCGCAAUCACCCACUGGCCUGGACGGGGAGCAGCUGGUGGUGCUGACGGAGAGCCCCUCAAGGCCACACCAGCGCAUGAGCCUCAGCCUGCCCCUCAUCAACCGCGCCAAGAAGGUGGCCGUCCUGGUCAUGGGCAGGACGAAGCGUGACAUCACCCUGCUGGUGAGCCGCGUGGGCCACGAGCCCAAGAAGUGGCCCAUCUCGGGCGUCCUGCCCACUUCCGGCCAGCUGGUUUGGUACAUGGACUACGAGGCCUUUCUGGGGUGACGGACAGCGCCUCUGCCCUGGGCUCGCUCCUGUGCUUUCCUUACCUGUCCUCACCCCGCCCCCCUCGGCCCUGCCCAGCGUACCUGAUGCCCAGAGUCGGGCCUGGAGCAGGGAGGACGAGGCCCCACCCUAGCCCGCCCCUUGGGUGGUCCGUGCUGCCUGGGUGUGGCGGGCGGACACAGAAACCAGGCAGAAGUUCGAUCUCUGUCCUUGAACAGAGUCAGUGCCAGGCCAGAAGACCCACGUGGUCGCCCAUCAACAGCCACCAGCACAAAUAAGAGGGGGUGAAAGUGCCCACAAGCAGAAGGGGACCAGGGAGCUGCCGGGAGGAGGCCUGAGCUGACAGAGCGGCCCUGGGGGUGCAGUGCCCCGUGCCAGGCAGGCAGACGGGAGGCCGUCCCCACACCACAGCCUGGUCAAGCCCCGGCCUCUCUGCUCCAGUCUCUGCACCUUGAACCCGCUGCCUUCCCCUUCACUCUUCGCCUACACCCCUCACCUCCCUGGGUUCCUCCCCAGCCCCUCCUGCUUCCUGUGGGAGCCGGGGUACAUCAGCCAGCAUGGAUGUCAGAAAGCUAGGACUGCUCCCCUUUGAGAACAGCUGUGCCUGGGCAGUGGGGUUGCGGUCCCCCAGCUUCCUCCGGCCGUGGGUGCUCCCCUCUCUGGCCGUUCUCCUCUGCCAACCCCCUGGCUGUGGGUGACCGGGCCGUGCCAGGGAGCCGGAGCCUGAGAGGGCCCCCAGGUGGGUGUUUCCUGUCUUGGCUGCCUCUUGGGUUUCAGCAGGGAAGACCCGGUGACGUUGUACUCUGAUGGUGACCACUGUGACUUCAAGUGACAUUGGGUACCCUGGUGGCUCUGCCCAGCAGACAGGAGCCUGCCAGGGUGGCUGCAGCCAGCCCUUCUCACACUACCUCUUGCGGCCUCCAGCCCACCACUGCCUUCGCAGGGCUCUCCCUCGUGCCAGCCCUGGCCGCACCACCAUCACUUGCCCCUCCUGGCUUCUCCGGGAGCAGAGCUUGGUCCUCCUCCCUGGAGGAGCUUCGGCCAGGAAUGCCCAUUUCCCAAAGCCCCCGAGGCGGGCUCUAAAGUUCUUAAAAGAAAAACCAGCAACAGAAAGA